AUGACUGAGGAAACAGCCAGAAUGGCUCCUGCUGGAGUCUCGAGGCCAGAUAAAGGGGCUCCUGAGGAAAGGGUUCAACCAAGGGAGAAAUGGGCCAACAAUACGGAGUUCAUCCUCUCCAUGGCUGGAGAAAUCAUUGGCCUCGGGAAUGUUUGGCGUUUCCCCUAUUUAUGCUACAAAAAUGGAGGAGGUGUCUUCUUCAUCCCUUACUUUGUGUUCCUCUUCUUCUGUGGCAUCCCUGUGUUCUUCCUGGAGACGGCAUUGGGCCAGUACACCAGUGAGAGCGGGGUGACCGCCUGGAGGAAGAUAUGCCCCAUGUUCGAGGGGUUGGGGAUUGCGUCCGGAGUGAUAGUGGCCUAUCUGAACAUCUACUACAUUGUGGUGUUGGCCUGGGCUAUCUUCUACCUGUAUAACUCCUUUAAAAGACCGCUGCCCUGGUCCACAUGUGACAACGAGUGGAACACUGAUUUAUGUCACAGUCGCUCUAGCUUCUUUGCCAACCCCCAUUUGUUUCAACCUGGCUCCAACUGGUCGUUCCUAAACAACAUCAGCGCACUUGAUUACUAUGAAAAUGUCACUUACACGAAUGAAGGUGACCAUUUCAGUUUGGGCAGGUCACCGGAAGAGGAGUUCUGGAUGUACCGUGUGUUAAGACUGUCAAAUGAAAUGUCCCUGAGUAAAGUAAACUGGGACCUGGCUUUGUGUCUCCUGAUUGCCUGGAUUAUAUGUUACUUCUGCAUCUUUAAGGGAAUCAAAUCCACAGGAAAGGUAGUGUACUUCACGGCUACGUUCCCCUACCUGAUGCUGUUCAUCCUCUUCAUCCGUGGAGUGACACUCCCAGGAGCCGGAGAUGGACUGAAAUAUUACCUCACCCCUGACUUUGAUAAGAUCAGCGAUCCAAAUGUUUGGCUUGAUGCAGGGACUCAGGUGUUCUUUUCCUACGCCGUGUGUCAGGGAGUACUGACUUCUCUGGCGAGCUACAACAAAUACAACAACAACUGCUACAGGGAUUGCUUGGCACUAUGUUGCCUGAACAGUGCCACCAGUAUCUUUGCUGGUUUCGCUGUGUUCUCAGUGCUGGGAUUCAUGGCUCAUGACAUGGGAUUGUCGAUGUCGGAAGUUGUUAGUAGUGGUCCUGGUCUGAUUUUUAUAGCUUAUCCAAGGGCUCUGUCGUUGCUGCCUGGCUCAUCCUUCUGGGCUGUGCUCUUCUUCUUCAUGAUCCUCUUCCUGGGCCUGGACUCACAAUUUGUGUGUGUGGAGAGCCUGGCCACAACCAUCACAGACAUGUUCCCACGUCAGCUGAGGAGGCGAGGCGGCAGAGAGAUACUGGUCCUGGUCAUCGCUGUUGUCUGCUUUCUACUGGGGCUGCCAUUCCUCACUGAGGGAGGGAUAACCCUCUUCCAGCUGAUUGACACCUAUGGACCCAGUGGAAUCAGUCUCCUCUUUAUUGCCUGUGUUGAGUGCAUUGCCAUUUCCUGGGUGUAUGGUGCAGACCGUUUCUGUGACAACAUUAAGGACAUGAUCGGAUACGCACCAUUCCCCGUGCUGAAGUACUGCUGGUUGUUCAUUACGCCGCUCAUCUGCGGGCUCACGCUGUUGUAUGACUUGGCACAAUCUCGUCAUUUUGAGGUGUAUGGCUAUGUACUCAGUAACUGGGCCUCAUUGGGCACGGUACUUAUCAUCACUCCACUGAUGUGCAUCCCGGCAUUCAUUUUGAUCACAAUGUAUAAGAAUCCCAAUAACAUGACAACACCGUCCAGUGAUCUGCGCCAGGCUAAACCGCACAAGCCAAUCCUCACACUGUGCAAACACGUCAUCUUCAAGGCACAGGUGCCGCCAAACAGGCAUGUGGAGGAAAACAACGAGAAGAUGAUGAUGGAGGAACCCAGCAUGGUUUGAUGGUCAUUGAUGAACAGACCUCUAGCAAAUGAUGGUGUAAUGUCAUCAUUGAAUUGUACAAAUAUAUGUAAACUUUUAGAAAUAUUUCUACAUUUCACAAGUAUUCAGGGAUAGUUAUCUAUUUUACAUUAGUCUUUACUUUUAUAACAAAUUUUGAAUGGAAAAGUCUCAUACAAUGUACACUCUUUUGCAUUUAUAAUCCCAUUGUUUUACAAAAUGUAUUUCAGUUAUUAAGCAUUGUGCUCCUAUAAUACUGUAUGACUCACAAUGGACUAUUAAAAGUCUUCAAACCCAACAUAUGCUGCCAAGUGACAUCAGGCUUCAUGCAGCUCCUUCCAUCUCCAUUUCAAUCAACCAAACGGGACAUAUUUUUGUUCCAGAAUGGACAUGCACAUUAUCUUCAAG